AUGGUUUUCAUUAACAACGUUGCCAUUGGCCUCGCUGGUCUGGCCUCAAUUGCUUCGGCUGCACCCGCAAACAAGGCGACUAGCAAAUUCUCACUCCACCAGGUUGCUCGUCCGGCUACUAAGACCGCCAACUUUGCCGCCAGCUACGGCCAUGCUCUCGCAAAGUAUGGUGCCAACGUGCCUUCGCAAGUUAAGGCGGCCGCUGUAGCUAGUGGUGUUGCUACUACUACACCCGAAGCCAAUGACGAGGAGUAUUUGACUCCCGUCUCCAUUGGAGGCACUACCCUGAAUCUGGACAUCGACACCGGCUCAGCCGAUCUCUGGGUCUUCUCCACUGAGCUCCCAGCUUCCGAGCAGUCUGGCCACGCCGUUUAUAACCCUAGCGAGAGCGGGACCAAGAUGGAUGGCUAUACUUGGGAUAUCUCGUACGGUGACGGUAGCAGUGCUAGUGGGAACGUCUACACGGACACCGUCACUGUCGGUGGUGUUACUUAUUCCCAACAAGCCGUCGAGGCUGCCAAAAAGAUCAGUGCUGAGUUCCAGGAGGAUACGGCCAAUGACGGUCUGAUGGGCCUAGCUUUCAGCAGUAUCAACACUGUUUCGCCCGUGCCCCAAAAUACAUUCUUUGCUAACGUCCAGAGCUCACUGGCUCAGCCCUUGUUUGCUGCUGCGUUGAAGCAUGGAGAGCCCGGUGUCUAUGAUUUCGGUUUCACCGACUCUUCAAAGUACACCGGCUCCAUCGUGUACACCGAUGUUGACAACUCGCAAGGAUUCUGGGGCUUCAGCGUGGAUAGCUACACCGCUGGCAGCAGCUCGGGCGAUGGUUUCGCUGGUAUUGCUGACACUGGCACCACUUUGCUGCUACUCGAUGAUUCAAUUGUCUCCGAUUACUACUCGCAAGUCAGCGGUGCUCAAAACGACAACAAUGCUGGUGGGUACGUCUUUGACUGCUCUGCCGACCUUCCCGAUUUCAGUGUCUCCAUCAACGGCUACUCUGCCACAGUGCCUGGCACCCUGAUGAACUACGGCCCCUCUGGUGAUGGUUCCUCCUGCCUUGGUGGUCUCCAGUCUAACGAUGGCAUUGGCUUUUCUAUCUUCGGUGAUAUCUUCCUGAAGAGCCAGUACGUCGUGUUCGACGCCAGUGGUCCCCAGAUUGGCUUUGCUGCCCAGUCCUAA